AUGGACCAUUUACAAGCGUUAAUUGAUCCAAGCAAACAAUUCGCGAAAGAUUCAAUUCGAUUGGUGAAAAGGUGCACAAAACCAGAUCGAAAAGAAUAUCAAAAAAUUGCGGUAGCAACAGCAGUUGGUUUUGCCAUAAUGGGUUUUAUCGGUUUCUUCGUCAAGCUGAUCCACAUUCCAAUUAAUAAUAUCAUCGUUGGCGGAUAA